UGCCUUUUUCUAUUAUUUGGGUCUUCUGUAAGAACUUGUCUAGUCAAAUUUCAGUUCUUGUCGCGAGUUGUCUCGUACGGAACGGGCCUUUCCUCUGUCUUCAAAUCCCUAGGUUUGUGGUAUCAGUUUUCGAUUCCUGGUGCUUUGAAAUAUAAGUCCCAAUCAUUUACUAAAACUGAUACACUGUAGAUGCAAUCAGCCUACAUUUUAUCCUGUGUAAGCUACUAUCAGCUCACAUUGCAAGGCUAUUCAACUACUGCAGUAAGCUUGAACAUUAGUGACUUUCAUAAACGAAACCUGAUGAAGUAAAUGGAGUGAUGAAGUUGUAUAUGAUAGAAUAACAACGUUACCAUGUCGGAAGGACUUUAACAUUAAUGAGAUGUGCACCAUUCAUUUAGGAAAGUUAUGGAAGUGCCAAAAAAGAAGUUUCCCCUUGAUGCAAAGGAUUACAAGUUAUAUGAGGAAGUUGGUGAAGGAGUCAGUGCUUCAGUGUAUAGGGCACUUUGUGUUCCAUUGAAUGAGAUUGUCGCGAUCAAGGUUCUUGAUUUGGAAAAGUGUAAUAAUGAUCUGGAUGGAAUCCGUCGUGAAGUACAGACAAUGAGCUUGAUCAAUCAUCCAAAUUUAUUAAGGGCAUAUUGCUCUUUCACAACAGGCCAUAGUCUGUGGGUUGUUAUGCCAUAUAUGGCUGGGGGAUCGUGUCUUCACAUAAUGAAAUCAUCUUUUGCAGAAGGUUUUGAAGAGCCUGUUAUUGCUACAUUGUUGAGAGAGGUUCUUAAAGCUUUGAUUUAUCUUCAUGCUCAUGGCCAUAUUCAUAGGGAUGUGAAAGCAGGGAACAUAUUAGUUGAUUAUAAUGGUUCCAUUAAGUUAGCAGAUUUUGGAGUUUCUGCAUGCAUGUUUGAUGCUGGUGAUCGACAACGUUCAAGAAAUACAUUUGUGGGAACUCCCUGUUGGAUGGCACCUGAAGUCAUGCAGCAAUUGCAUGGAUACGACUUCAAAGCAGACAUCUGGUCAUUUGGAAUCACAGCACUAGAAUUAGCUCAUGGGCAUGCACCCUUUUCCAAGUAUCCACCAAUGAAAGUUUUGCUUAUGACUCUGCAAAAUGCACCACCGGGUCUCGAUUAUGAAAGGGACAAGAAAUUUUCAAAGUCUUUUAAAGAAAUGGUGGCUGCUUGUUUAGUGAAAGACCCAAAGAAACGUCCCUCUUCUGAAAAGCUAUUGAAGCACCCUUUCUUCAAGCAUGCAAAAACAGCUGAUUAUUUGGAACGUACUAUUCUUGAUGGACUUUCUCCCUUAGGUGAUCGUUUUAGGAUGCUAAAGGCCAAAGAAGCCGAUCUUAUUGUACAGAACAAGGAUUUAUAUGGAGAUAAGGAACAUUUAUCACAGCAAGAGUAUAUACGAGGAAUUAGCGCGUGGAACUUUAACUUGGAGGAUUUAAAGAAUCAGGCUGCACUUAUCAAUGACUUGGAUGAAAUUUCAAAUGUAGAAGACCCGAAAACUACAGAGCAACAAAACGGAGUCAAUGGUGUUACAUUACCACCCGAAAAGUUGUCCCCUGAGAUAGAUAAUAAUAAUAAUAAUAAUCAUUCAGAUGCUAAAACAGGUGAUGAGAUUCCUAUUUUGGAGAAUUCAUUAGCAUCAUUUCCAAUAGAGCCUCUUCAAGCACUCGAGGGAUGUUUUGAUGUCUGUGAAGAUAAUGUUAGCCCAACCGGAAAAGAUGAGAAUCCAUUAAGCCCUGUAAAGCUGCCAUUAAAAACUAAGGACCAAGAAACCGAAACAAGAGAAAAUGUUGUAGUAAAAAAGUCUUUACAGAGAAUUACUAUCACCGGGUCAAAAAAAUUUAUGAGUGGUUCAUUACUACCUGACAAUGUUCUUUCUCCUAAUAAGUUAGUUGCCAAUGGUGAAAGGGAUCAUCUCCAACCGAGAUUCCGAGUUGAGCGAAAUUACAGUGGUCCAUUACAACAUCUUCAUAAGAACAAUAUGAUAGAAGAUGUACCAGGAGCUGUGGUUCAACUCAAGGGACGUUUUAAAGUGACUGAAGCAGAUUUUACCCCAAAGGCGCCAGGUGGCAUGCCUAGUCCUCCAACUUCAACUGUACCAGUUGCCUCUCUUCUUCCAUCCUUACAAAGCAUUUUGCAGCAUAACACAUCACAAAGGGAAGAAAUACUUGGAUUAAUCAAGUCUAUGGAGCAAGCUUCUGGUUCUUCAGGCAAUCAGACAGAGCAUGUGGAGUCAGGAAACAGGGAUAUUUCACAAACCCCUCCUACUUUAAGGGAGAGAGAACUGCAUUCUCAGGUGAUCCAGUUACAACAAAGCAUUGGGAGUCUGGUUGAGCAAUUGCAAAGACAGAAGAUGAGAAACGAUCAGUUGGAAAAGAAAGUGAGUGAAUUGGUGAAGAAAAAUAGCAUUAAGGAAGUAUGAUGAUGAUGAUGAAGAGUUGGUGAUGCAAUUGUAAGGAACAUGUAACAUAUUAAAUUUUUUGUGAAUAUAAGGCCGGGGGAAUACAGGGAAUUAUGGUAGAUUAAAUGAAUUCCCCCAAAAGAUGUUGAAAGUUAUGCAG